AUAUGUAAUGUGGGUGAUAGAUGAACACGUGUGUCUUUGCCAUGGCUUCCAAAAAAACACACCCACAGUACUCCCUAUUUAGAACCCAACUACCGAAGAUUGUCUUGAUAUAAUUUUGGCAACAAGAAAAUUUUUAAGAUGGCGGUGAUGACCGGUAACGGUGGCGUCUUACCAAAGGAUGAUGACGAUAAAGUAGAAAAUAAUUAUAAUAAAACCAAAGGAGGAGGGGAAGAUGAUGAUGAUAUUCUAAAAGGGGUUAUUAAGCACCUAAUCGAAGGGUUAGAUACGAAAUCACAAAAAUGGAUCAACAAAUCGUUGUUGUUGAAGAUGGAAGCUGCCCGCCGUGAUCUCCUUGUAUGGGCUCGUCAGGGUGGUUCUCCUUUCCGCCCCGUUCUCCUCCUUUCCGCAGGGAUAGUCACCGUUUUAGCUUUGACAGGAGUGCUGGUGUUUAUGUUGUUUUUUGUGGCAGCAACUGUGAAUGCAAUUGUCAUCUCUCUUCUCAUCUCUUUGGUAGCCAUCGGAGGCUUCUUAGCUAUUUUCUUUGCGUGUUUCACAGUAAUGUACAUUGGUGUUCUGUUCGUUGCUGCUUUUGCAACCUUCACCAUUACCAUCUUGUCAAUCAUAGCCGUUUUAUUCACUGCAGGUUGGAUUGGGUUCUUCUGGAUCAUGUGGUUAGGAUUGUCAAAAGGUGUCAGUCUUGCAAAGCGUUAUAUAAGCAACCCUUCUACAUCUGAUACUUCCUGUCAUGACAGCUCUAAGGAGUCGGCGGACCAGAUUAAUUAGUAUAAUGGAAUUGAUGUUUGUAGUUUUAGAAGUUGAAUAAACAGUCUGUGUUUGUAACCUCUGUUAGAAAGUUAUCUUCUAUAAAUGAUGGUUGUGGUUAUAGGGAUAGUAUAUGCAAAGUUAAGCACUAUUCUGAUAGUCACAUCAAGGCCAUGUAACAAUCAAAACAAUAUAACGGUAACGCUUUUGCUGCACUCAAUUCCAGUUAUCAACAAUUUUAUUAUGAAA